UACUAAUCAUGCAUGCAGGAAAAACGGUUGCAUUGCAUAUGUCAUAUAUCUGUCGUCAUACAGCUCAUGGUUUCCUAGUGGUUCGUCCAUCCAUUAAAAAAAAUCAUUUUGCCUCCAGGGUCCGUCCAUCUUUCCUGUUUCGAUUGUGGUCACCCUAGUGGUGACAUGUGUCGUUCUUGUGCUUGCUAUUUUUAUUUACACUCGAACCAUGUACCUUCCCAUUUCAGUUCAACUGCCCAAGAACCGAGUGACAAGUACGUAAGAUCUACUUGUGUGCCUGAGUACAGCUAUAUCCCAUCCCAAUCCCAGGGGGAUCAUUCCUCUCGACGCUCAGUCGGUCUUGGACAAGGCCAGACCGAUAGAUCAACGCCCGGAUCUGAUGGCACCCGGUAGUCGUCCUCAGGUUAGAAAGCGGCCCACCCCGGGUGGGUUGUCCGGGUCGUUGGGCUGGCGUGGCCUUAUUAGUACCUGGGCCGCCAAAGCCCAAGCUCUGAUCAUGGAUCCGGCUCAAUGCGCGUGGAUGGCCGGUCUCUUGUUGGGCCUGGAGGUGGUCAUCAACGCAUUGGUCAUUCAUCACGUCAAGUACACGGAAAUCGAUUGGCGAGCUUACAUGCAAGAGGUUGAAGGCGUGGUGAAUGGCACCUACAAUUACGCCGAGCUUAAAGGUGACACGGGCCCGUUGGUGUAUCCGGCUGGCUUUGUUUGGCUGUACAUGGGUCUCUACUACGCCACGGACUUGGGCUUGAACGUCCAGCGAGCCCAGUACAUAUUUGCCGCCUUGUACGUCGUGACCUUGGCUUUGGUGUUCCGUCUCAUGGUCAAAUCGGAAAAGGUCCCGCCUUACGUGCUCGUGUUCAUGAGCGUCACGUCGUAUCGCAUUCACUCAAUUUUCGUCUUACGCCUCUUCAACGACCCGGUGGCCAUGGCUUUUUUAUAUGCGGCCUUGAAUUUCUUCAUCUCCGAGUGGUGGAGUUUGGGCAGCGUUUGCUUCAGUUUAGCCGUGGGUGUCAAGAUGAAUAUCUUGUUGUUUGCUCCCGCACUUUUCUUCGCGUACUUGGCCAAUCUGGGCGUGUGGCACACUGCGAUCCAACUCUUCAUCUGUGGCUCCAUUCAGGUGAGUCUGGCCUUGCCGUUUUUGCUAUCCCACCCAUGGCAUUACUUGCAAGGAGCCUUCGACUUGGGCCGCGUGUUUAUGUUCAAAUGGACCGUCAAUUGGCGCUUCCUGCCCGAGGAAGUGUUUCUUGAUCGCAGGUUCCACUGGGCCUUGCUAGGAGCUCACGUCUUGCUCUUGCUCAUCUGUAUUCCCAAGUGGUGGAAGAUGCUCACCAGCUAUCGCACCUUGAAGGCUCAUGAGGGUCCCACCUACGCCGUGCAAUUGUUUCUAUUGCCCAUGUUCAUGAGCAACUUCAUCGGGGUGGCCUUGGCUCGGUCCCUUCACUAUCAGUUCUAUGUGUGGUACUUCCACCAACUCCAUUAUCUAUUUUGGUGCGUUAGAAUGCCGUCAGUGCUUCGUUUGUGUCUUUUGGGACUGAUCGAAUUGUGCUGGAACACGUAUCCCUCCACCAUUUGGAGCAGUGGUCUUCUUCAUUCCAGCCAUUUGCUCCUUCUGUCUGGUCUCUUGUGGUCGGUAUACGGCAUGACCAAAAGCCAAAGUAGACCGAGCAUGGAGAGGAAGAAAAUCAAUUGAGACAUGUGAAUGGCAAUGGUUACAAUGGAUGUAUUUGUUUCCAAUAAAUAGUUAACAACAAUGAA